AUGCUGGAAGCCGAACGGCAGAAGAAGCAACAACAACCGAUAGGUAAAGGACCAAUUCCAUCUCGGAGUGAUCAAGUUAUGAGAAGGACACCCUACUCUCGACCCCAGUCGUCAGGAUCUAGUUCCUCCUCACAAGCUUCUGUCUUAGCCGAUCGGUCAGGGCAGCAGGGAUCGGUUACAUGUUACAAUUGUGGAGGACCUCACUACCGAUCAUUAUGUCCUCAACUGGGAGGACUCAAGCAUUGUACUCGGUGUGGACGUAAUGGGCACAAUAACGCUGAGUGCAACAUGGGAGGCCGAGCGGUCAUGAGACCUCCUAUUGCAGGGAGAAUUGCUCAAAGGGGUGGUGGAAGGGCUCAAGUAGUGGGCCGAGUUUAUGCAUUGACUAGAGCGGAGGCAGCAAGCUCAGGUAAUCUUAUUAUCAGUACUUGCUUGCUGUUUGGUGUUCCUUGCUGUGUACUGUUUGAUUCUGGGGCAACACAUUCCUUCAUCUCGAAGGCAUGUGUUGAUAGGCUGGGUUUGACUGAGUGUGAGAUGCAGCUUGACUUGGUGGUGUCAACCCUAGCAGCUGGUGAAGUUAGGACGUCUACUGUCUGCAUUAGAUGCCCUAUUGAAGUAGAAGGGUACAAAUUUAAGGUGAACCUCAUCUGUUUACCUCUUUAA